AUUGGUGCAAAGGAAAAUCAUUUUUUCUUGCUUAAAAAUAUGUUAAAAAGCAUUUCAUCCAUCUUUUUUUUUUCUUUGAGUGGCCACAUCCAAAACAGUGGAGUGUGACCAGUACAAAACAGUCUUACAUGGUUCUCUCCCUGUGCUCAUUGAAAUAGAAGGUGCUACCAUGUUGCAAUAAAUAGCUCAUCUCAAAUUCGAUGAUGCCUGAUGAGAAUCCUCAGUCACACUUCCCAUUCUGAUUGCUAUUGGCCGGGAAAUCAGCCUUUGUCCCUGCUCAGGAGGAUGGCAUCUGAUCCUCCUUCACCCUAUCAUUCAAGCUCCAUUAUUGUUAUCCCCCAAGCCUCAGUGUGGCAAAGGGAAGUGAAGAAACACCUGGAAAAGUAUCUGUGAAUGAGAAGUUAUGGAAAGCUUCCUGAAGACAGAAUCUCUCCAUGGCUUCUUCCCACAGAGGUAGAAGAUGCCAGAAUCCCUGGGCGAGAUGAUGAUAAUAAAGAAAAGACAUGAUUUUUAUACUAGCAAGUCAGAAAGAUGAAUGUAAGAGCAGCGAGAUGAAGAGGAAGGAUUUCUUUCAUAUGAAAAUCAAUGUAGAAUCUUAGUUCCCUUAGAGACAUUGGCAAAACAAUACUUUGCUUGUCAUAGAAUGGACAUUCAGUAAAUAUUUUGUUAAUGACCUUAAUAUGUAGUAAAAUAGAGAAAUGGAAGUGUUGACAAGAUGUAUGUGGAGAAUUGGGGGCAAAGGGAUGUGGAAGGAUUGGGUGAUAACUAGGAUCUAAGCUCAUAAUGCAAAUUUGAUAUCAUUCUCCUUAGAUUAAGGAUGGUACCCACACUUGACGUCCGGCUUUCCCAAGUGGAUCUUGUUCAUGACCCUGGAAACUUCCAGAAAUUUCUAACAUUUGAAACAAGACAUGUUUUGAAGUCAUGGAGACAUGUUUUGAAUUUUUUUCGUGGGGCUUGGUAGGACUGGGGAGACACAUCCAGUUUGCCAGCUCUUAGUAUAUUGUCAUCACAGAGCAUAAGAUUAUAAUUCUCUUUACCUUUGUCCUGUACACUUGAGUGUUUUUAUUUAAUCUUUCAGUACAUAUAAGGCAUGUGAGAGUUAAUUAUGUCAUCUGAAAAGUACUUUGAAAACUACUUAGGAAAAGAUGCUGGAUAAAUAAGACAUUUUAUUAGCUUACAGGAUGCAAGUUUGGCCAAGCUAGUGGUAUUUUGGGGAUCACUUUUUUAAAAAAUCAAAGACAGAACACAUAUUUAUUUUUUCUUUUUUCUUUUUUUCUUUUUCUUUUUUUUUUGUCUUUUUUUUACUUGUUUUUUUCCCACUGUACAGCAAGGGGAUCAAGUUAUCCUUACAUGUAUACAUUUUUUUUCCCCAUCCUUUGUUCUGUUGCAAUAUGAGUAUCUAGACAUAGUUCUCAAUGCUACUCACCAGGAUCUCCUUGUAAAUCUAUUCUAAGUUGUAUCUGAUAACCCCAAGCUCCUGAUCCCUCCCACUCCUCCCUCUCCCAUUGGGCAGCCACACGUCUGUUUUCCAAGUCCAUGAUUUUCUUUUCUGUGGAGAUGUUCAUUUGUGCUGGAUAUUAGAUUCCAGUUAUAAGUGAUAUCAUAUGGUAUUUGUCUUUGUCUUUCUGACUCAUUUCACUCAGUAUGAGAUUCUCUAGUUCCAUCCAUGUUGCUGCAAAUGGCAUUAUGUCAUUCUUUUUUAUGGCUGAGUAGUAUUCCAUUGAAGAACACAUAUUUAUUGAGUCAUUACUGCAGGACAUUGGGGAAUAUAAAAGUAGUAUAAGACAUGCCCCUUGAUUUGGGGACCUAGCAUUCAAGCUAGGAAGGCAACACUAAUGAUGGACACGAUGUGACUAUGGAAUAGCUGACAAUCAUACAAUUUAAUGAAAAAUUACAGAAUGUAAAUGCUACAUUUAUUUAGAGAGAAGGGAGAUCAUUUGGGCUAAAGUGUUUGAGGAGAGAACUUAUGAGCAAAGUGACUCCAGAGCCAGGACAUAAAAUCUGGUAAAUUUUUUUGAUAGUUUGGUGUUUUAUGUGAGGAGUUCAGGGACUGAGCACCAGGAGGUAUAUCUGGGGCUCUCUGGGUUACUUGUAACAGGGAAUGGGCAGGGUGUGCUAGGCUGUGGAUUUGUUUUCCACUGGAACCCUUCUCUUGGCUUAUUACAGAUGCUGCAUACAGGUCUUUGCUGGGGAUGGCCACUGUUGCAAGUGUCUCUGCAAACUUCUUUUGUAUGAACGUUGUAUAAAUUCUAUUUUAAAACUUCUUUAACAGUACCCCAAGAGACCUAUUAAAGAUAGCAAUAGCAUGGCUUCCUCUCAAGAAUGGAUCUGAAAUGGACCCUACAAUGGUAGAGUUGGCCUGGGAUUUCCUCCUUCAUCCCCAAUUCCUUGCCACCUGCUUAUGCUGACAGUCUUGGCCCGAUAGAGCCAUAGGGCCUCAUAAAAUUUGAGAUUAUCCACCAGUGAUUCUCUGCUAUUCCGCUAAGCAGGGCCUAGUGGCAUUUGGAAAUAGGGUUGACUACAAAGAGUUAGAAGCUUUUAGUGCCCAGAGUCAGGGAUGCUAAGUCUCUUUCAUGCCAGGGGCAGCCUGCCCAGGAAGAAUGCCAGUAGACCCCUGUUGAAAGCUGAGUGCAACAUCCUUACUUUAUUUAGAGGUGAGGAAAUGAGAGUGACAAGACUUCCCUAGGAUUAAACUCCAAUGCGGCCAUGACAGAUUUAUAACCCAGUUGUUCUAGGCUCUUUUCAAGGGCUCCUUCUGCUACACCACAGUCCCACUCAUAAACAUUGAUUUUCACCAUGGAAUAGCGUGCUGUUGAGCUUUGUCAUUCCCAUGUGCGGGUGACAAUCAGCCAUGUUAACUACCUGAGUUGGGGGUUAUGAAUUGAGACAAGUGACACUUGAACAGUGGUUUUUUUUCUCUGGGGACACAGAGAUUUGCCCGUGAGUGAGGGUUGGCAGAUGCCCUCUGAGGUGGCAACCACUGCAGAAGCCUAACGGUAGGUUGGCAUUCUGGAAGGGCCUGGAGGAGGCUUUGGAAUCACACAAAUCUGGCUUGUUGGAGGCACUUGAAUCCAGCUCAGCCCUUUACUACCUUUAUGACUCUCAGCAAGUUAAUUAAACACUCUGAACUUUAUCUGAAAAAUGGGGAUGGUGAUUCUUACUUCGAAAAGCUGUUGUAGUUUCAAUUUAUUUAAACAACGGCUGGCCCAAGAGAAGAGACUGUUCUAAGAGAAGAGACUUAAAACCUUCACUCAUGAAAGAUCACUUGAAGCUAAUUGCUGCUUUUUGCCCCCUCCUCCUUUCUCUGAUCCACCAAAGUUAGGGCUUGAAUGAGUCCUUGAAGUAUCUCUUUUGUUUGAAAUAUUGAAAUUUCCCUCCUUUGGAAGAGGACUGCUGGCCAGAGCUUAGUUUCUUGUGACUUCUCUGUUAAUGUGCCCAGACUGUUACCACACCACAGAAAUGAAAAGUCUACCAGAUGUUUACUGGUGGCUUAUGAAAUUUCACUUUUCUUUCUUUUUUUUUUUUUUUUGCCUUUUCUAGGUCUGCUCCGGCAGCAUAUGGAGGUUCCCAGGCUAGGGGUCUAAUUGGAGCUGUAGCUGCCGGCUUACGCCACAGCCACAGCAACUCAGGAUCCGAGCCAUGUCUGCAACCUACACCACAGCUCACGGCAACGCCGGACCCUUAACCCACUGAGCAAGGCCAGAGAUCAAACCUGCAACCUCAUGGUUCCUAGUCGGAUUCAUUAACCACUGAGCCACAAUGGGAACUCCCAGAUCAGUAAUAAAAGCCAUUCCUGGAUGUAUAUGUUUGUCAGAGAGAUUUCUCUCUGUCGAUGAUGAGAGACCCUUCAUAGGCAAAGUGAUACUUCUUCUGAGUUAAGGGACAGUUGAAAGUUGGCCAGUUGGGGUGGUGGGGAUUAUGGUAAAAGGCCUUUCUGGGUAAAAAAUAGCUUAUGAGGAUACAUCGUAAUGCAGGAGAACCCAGAAGGGUGCACACAAAAGCCAAAGAGUGUUUCAGGCCUUGACUUUGAAAACAUUUGCAGACUCUGACCCCCAAGGGCACAUUUGCCCAUUAUUGAAAUGCUUUAAAGUUGCUUCUGUUUGUUACAAGUUAAUUCUCUUAAAGGCAAAAUCAUGAGUCUUCUACAGAUAGAAAACGAACAGACGUAAAAUAAUACAGAUAUUAAUUAAUGAAGGAACUUGAAGAGAUGUUAUAGCUAUUUUUAAAAAGAAGUAUGAGUGUAUAUACAGUAGCAGAACGUUGAAAUGAAUCUGCAAACUCUGAUCCAUCUGUAGAGCAGUAAUCAGUUACAUUCCACUGGAUACAACUGAUUUGCAUUCAUAUGGACAAAAAUCAAUUCUACAGCUCAUUUUUACAACUUCUGAUGCCUUGUAACAGUAAAAUAGCAUCGUCAAAGACAAAGGCCCAGACCUCUAUGGGAUCAGUUAAUUCCUGGAGGCACAACAUUCCAUUGAGAAGAUAUUCAGUAAUCUCCUUGCUCAUUUCACAGUCCAGAGUUUUUCCUUAUACCUUCAUGCUUCCAUUGGCCAUUGUUCCUUCUUGACCUCCUAAUUCAUAACGAAUAUUUGGUGACACAGGAUUCUUGUAACUUCGGGAAUUUUCUGUCUUUCCUAGAUAUAUACUUAUUCAAAAAAACUUAAUUAUGGGAAAUUUUAAGCAUGUAAAAAGUAAAGAGAAUAGCAUUUUGAACCCCAGGUACCCAUUACUCAGUUUUCAGAGUCAUCAAUAUUUUGCUAUUUUUUUUCUUUGGUGGCCACCCCUGACAUGCAUGGAAGUUCCUGGGCCAGGGACUGAAUCCUAGCCACAGCUGAGACUUACACAGCGGCUUCGGCAAUGCCAGAUCUUUUGACCCACUGCAGUGGGCAGGGAAUCAAUCCGAGACUCCUCAAGACCAGAGCCACUGCAGUCAGAUUCUUAACCACUGCACCACAGCAGGAACUCCAAUAUUUUGCUAUCCUUAUUUCAUCUUUCCGCCCUGCCUCUCCCUGAGUAUUUUAAAGCAAUCUCAGACAUCUUGUCUUUUUAAUAUAUGUGUUUAACAAGUAAUCCUCCUAUUUUCUGAAUAGCAAUAUGACCUGUAUUUUAUGGAGAAUAGAGAGAUAAUACUUUAUGAAAGGACAUUAUACUCUUUAGACUUGACUUUGUGAUAUGAAGGAGGCGUGUGUGUGUGUCUGUGUGUGUUCAUAUACACACACAGACACAUACACACACAUAUACAUCCAUGUAGGACUGGUUCCCUUUUGUCAUUCAGGGUCCAGCUCAAAUGUCACUUUCUCCAAAGGAAUCUUCUGACCCCCAGCUAGGUCAUGCUGUCAUAUAACCCUGCUUUAUUUUCUUCACAGCACUUAUCACUAUCUAAUAUUAUCUUGUUUAUUAAUUUGUUUUUCUAUUUUUUUUGUCCAUCACCACCAACAAAGAUGUAAACUCCCUAACAGGACAGACCUUUUCUGUCUUGGUCACGUUAUAUCCCAUAGAAAAUCCUUAGUAAGUUUUGAUUGAAUAAAUACAUCUUAGUAUUAAGUAUUAAUAGAAGUUAUAUUGGCAUUCUUCCAAAAAUUUUAUUUUCAUUCUACACACCCAAAAACACAUGACUUUCAUGUGCCAAUUCCUAGUGUAUUUACAAUUAUGUGAGAUUUCCUCAUGCUAUGGAUCAAGGAGCUCAUUCUGGGGAAUCAAAGAUAACCCAGGACACCUCUCCAAAAAUGGCCUGAAACUGAUAUAUUCAGUAGCCACUUCAUCUGAUCAGCAAAUAUAGUUAAGAAUUUGUAUUUCUCCCAGAAGGAGGCCAUAACAUAAGGAUUCAGGUAAAAUCUUAUGUGGGAAAGUGAUAAAGGGAAGGAAAGGAGCCAGUAAAGGGUGCAUUGCCAAGAAAGUUACCACCAUUGUCAGCUGGAGUUGAUUAUCUUCCCGAGAGAUUUUGGGACCUUGGGCAAAACACACGUCUCAGAGACCUCUCACCCAUGGUUGAAAGAAUUUGAAUAUUUACCCACCAACUUCCAUCUGUCAUUAUUCCUGGUCACUAACACAAUAGGGUUGGGGGGCAAAGUGGUCUCCAGAUGCAGAAGAAAACCUCUAGGCAAAGAAAUACAGGUGCUGGUGGUUAGAAAUGGGGCCCUGUGUGGUAGUAGGGGUGAGGGAGUUUGGCUGGGGAAGGGACAGGUGACUUGCAUGGGAUAACAAUAUGAUUUUUUAAAUAAAUAUUUUAUUUGGUAUUAAUUUCAGGUUUACAGAAAAGUUGCAAAGACUGUAAAGCCCUGUAGAGUUCCUGUAUAGCCCUUGUCCAGUUUCCCCCAAUAUUAACAUCCACAAUCAUGGUAUAUUCGUCAAAACUAAAAAAAAAAAAAAAAAAAAAAAAAAAAAAAAACCCAAUUAGUUUAACGCUAUUAACUAAACCUCCAGAGUUUAUUCAGAUUUUCUUGGUGUUUCCACUAAUGUCCUUUUCCUAUUCCAGAAUUCAGUCCAGAAUAUCACCUUGGAUUUAUUUAAAACAUAAAUACUCUGCAUACACUCUUUUAUUUGGGUCCUCUUAUAUGUUCAACCAACUAAUCUUUAUAAUGAACUAUAAGCUCUGUGAGUGAAAAUACAAUGAUAUUCAUGUCCCGUAACAGAUUGGACACAGGGUAUGGUCUUAAAACAAAUAUAUCAAAACAACAAUAAGAACACAAUUUUAUUCAAUAGGCGUAUAUAUGUAUAGCUGAGCCUCCAUCAGUUAGCAAAGAAGUACUCAUACCAGUGUGACACCUUGGAAGAAAUUUAACUUUGAACAUGUGUCUUGAACAUCAAAUAUGAAGCAGGACCCCCUAAAUCAGACACAACCCAGUCCUUUCAGUGUGCUUAGCUUUGUCUGGACAUGUCACAUUUAAUCCUUCUAACUGUGAAUCACAUGGCCUUAAGCACCUGAGAUGCAUGAGGGAACAAAAUUUGGAGAAGUUACUUGCCCAAGAAUUUACAGGUGGUACAUGACACAACUAAAAUCAAGACACAUGUUUUCUGGCUUCGGAGCCUCCACUUUAAAUAUUAAACACCUUCCUCCCACACCUCUCCAUUAGCCCAACUCUUAUCUUUGGUGCCUUUUGGCAUGCCAUCUUUGACAAAUCUGUGUUGUGAAGCAGGCAUGCUUUUGUCUUCGUAGGCUGGUUUAAUCAUCAGCCUUGGAUCUGUGGAUUAUUUUCAGAGCCUACCUUUUAUUUGUAAAACCUGUUAUCUUGAUAUCCACAUACAUUGACCAUAAAAUGCAUCAGAAAGUCACUCCAUACUCUAGUACUAAAGAUUUGAUCCAGGGCUAGUAAUAGGCUUGGAAGCAUGCAGGUCUAAAGAGCAAGCAUUGAUGUUGUUAAUAAUUCAAAUAUUUCAUUAUUUUAUGUGUUUGAGUUUGGAUAGUUAACCUCCAUUUCUCAGUCUUUCCAUAGUUACUGUCUUUUUAAAAAUACAUUAACAUGAGGGAAAUGAAAUAUUCAGUGAAAUCUUUGAUCUCAAUACUUGCAGUGGCUCAACUGAAAAUUACUGUUGGUUGCCUUGAAACUCAGGGCAUGAAAUUCAGAAGAAGAAAUUCUUAUAAAUUGUUCAAGAUUUGACUCUGGGAAGAUAAACUACAUGGAUAUCUAGGCUAACCAGUGCUGAAAUUUCUCUAACCUCUAAUUCUAAAUUCAGAAAAGAAUAGGCUUUGAGGUUUUUUGUUUAUUUUUGCUUUGAUUACAAGUUGUUGGAAGCUUAGAGUUAGUAUCUAAUAACACAAUCCAUGUAAAACACAAAUUAUUGGCUCAGAAUGAGAUCUAACUUCUAUGAAGAUAUAAAGGGACAAUCAUGUAAAAAUGAGCUUUUUUUUUCUUAGAAGGAAUAAGCAGGGAUUGACUAAAAGGUAAUCCUUCCAGAUUCUAACGUUUAAAGCAUUGCACAUUUUUAAGGGAGAAAAAGCAUUACCUUUCCAAGCAUACAUAUGAAACUGUUUUCUUUAUGUAAAUGGCUACAUUAGGUUGCAUGGUUUUAAACCUUGACCUUUGAUUAGUCAAAGGAACAUCUGACCUUUGACCUUUUUUGGUGCUAGAGCACAAUUGUUCAGAGAGAUUUGCAAACUGCGCUCCAGCAAGCCCCCUCAGGGCCCUGGGGUCUCUGGAGGAGAGGGCCAAGCUGGCUACAGUGCAUGCUUCUCCCCUGCAAAGUGCUGUGCCUUCAUCAGACACAGCACCCCUGAGAAAUUUUUAGCUGAAGGAACAGCCUCUCUUCUUAAAAUUGGCACGCAAAAACAAGAAUGUUUAUUUAUUUCUAUAGACUGCUUUUCUGACCUUCUUCUCUUUAGGAAGCCCUCAGAUUUCUAGAGGAAAAAUUAGCUUUUCUGUGUCACAUUAGCUUUUCUCUAAAUUCAGAUUUCCUUUCAUAGGGGCAAGCUUGUAAGCUCCUACAGGGCAAAGGACUGGGGAUUCGCUACCUGGUAGGCACUCAGACGUUCUCCUCACAAUUACUGUUGUAUGAGCAAUAUUAAGAAACUGCUUACUAUGACCAGGGGCUAUUUCAAGUCCUUUUUAAUGUUCUGUUAUUUAAUCCAUUUAACCCCAUACAAAAUGCCUAUGAGCCACCUGAUUCUACAUUUGGUGAAACUAUGGCAUAGGGAAGUUAAUGAUUUAUGCAAGGAGCCACAGCUGGUACGUAGCAAGGUCAAGAUUCAAACACAGAUCUUCCUAUUUCCAAAUAUGGCUAACUCACAUGCUGUAGCCACUGCCUAUGUGGUGGUUUUAAGAAUAUAUCCAAAUAAAAAUAUAUCCACACAUUCUUUGCUACUCUUCCCAUCAAGAAGUGGAGUCCAGGUUUCCCUCCCCUUGAGUCUGGGAUGGACUUAGUGACUCAUUUCUAAUGAACAGAAUAAAGUGGAAGUGAAGAUGUGCAACUUUGGAGACCACAACAUUCAAAGGCACUGUGGCUUCUGUUAUGGUUGCUGUCUUUUGGAUCAUUCACUCUAGGGGAAACCAACAGCUGUGUUUUGAGCUGCCCUGUGGAGAGGCCUGUGUGGGAAAAAAGUGAGGAAGUCCCAUGGCCAGUGUGGACUGAAGAACUCAGGCCCUCUAAUCCAGUAGCCAGUGUGAAACUGAAGUCUCUUGACAACCACCAUAGCCUUUAGUGCCAGUCCACCCUCAGAAUGACUGCAGUCCCAUCCCCGCUAACAACUUGACUACAACCUCAUGCAGACCCUGAGCCAGAAUCACCCAGCUAAGCCUCUUCUGAGUCCCUCCCCCAGACUAUAAGAUAAUGUAUGUUCAUUGUUUUAAACUGCUAAUUUUUGAGUUAACUGGUUAUGCGGUAAUAGAUAACUGAGACAGCCAAACACUGCGUUGCUCAUUUAAAAAAAUUGUCUUAAUUUCAUUCAACCUUAAAUUUUGAAAUAUUGAUACAGCUAGGAGAAAUUUUCCAGGAAAAAAAAAAUGCUGCCAAAUGUUAGUAAAAUGUAUGUGUUCCAUUGCGCCACAAUGGGAACUCCUUGAGUAAAAUUCUAAUGCCCAGGUCAUGUAAUAGUUGUAAUGACUUUCCUGGGAUUUGGGAUUUUGUAAUUUACAGGACAACUGCUUUAAAAAUCCAUGAUUUAAAUGAUUUAAAAAGGAAAGAUAUUAUAAUAACCACAUUGUUAAAGAUAGCAUUUUGAACUUUUAAAAAAAUCCUCAUGGGAAAACUCAGGAAAUAUUUUGUUUAGUAAGUUAUCACUCAUAAUCUUAAGUUGUCAGAGCAUGCUUGCACUUUACAUUAUUUAAAGAGGAAUAUAAAACAAAGUUGAAUUUUAACCUCUUCCCUGGUGAUUUCAUUCAGCUUUUCAAAGGGGGUCCUAAAAGCUCACAGGUCAAGCCAUGUCUUGGUUUGCUCUGCCUGACAAUUUGCAUUAACUCUGCUUUAUGGCCACUUGCAGUUUAAUAAAUUACUUGGACUUUGAUUACUAUCUUUUGAGCUUAAGCCCAAGAAUUUGUAUAAGGCUUUGGGAUACAGUACUUAUUUAGAGAUGCACUCUGAGAGCUGGAGGUUUAGUACAUGUAUAGAUAUUGAACUUGGAGCUUUUUAAGUUCUUACAGAAGAUCUCAAAUGAUUUGCCUUUUAAAUCAUAUAUUUAUAAAAUGAUUUAAGUAAAUUAAGGAACUCAUUCAUGAAGUGGACAUGGUUAGUUCUUUUUUCAUAUUCAGAGUGAAUAUAAGGUAGAGAUGCUGGUUUUCCUUCUCUAAGCUAGAGAACACAGGUCAGACCCUGCUGGUUCUUCCUUUUCAAAGUUUUUUCCUCCAUGCAGUUUGCACCCUGAAAAAUUGUAAAAAUACACUUUUUAUAUUGACCUGGACUUGGUAAUAUAUGCUUGACCUUGAUUCAUGGGUUUGUGUUGCAAGGGAGGAUAAAGAUGAAUAUUGAUAGCCUGAGUAUAAAGAUCCACCAUUACCAUAAUUAUUCAUUCACUCACUCACAGAGUCACUCAUUAAUUCAGUCUAUGCUUUGCCCAGCAGAGCAGGGGGCUAGGUGCUGGAAAGCUAUGAUAAGCAACUCAGAAAUAGCCUCUGUCUCAUAGGAGUUCAUGGACUAGAGUGGAGAAGGGCAUCAACCAAGUAAAAUUAAAAACAGUUUGAAGUACCACAGAAUAAAUGUAUAAGGGAAUCUGACCCAUGCUGGGGCUUGGUGGUUAGGGAAAUCUUUCCAAAGAAGACGUUUGAAAGUUAAAGGAGUAGAAGUGACAGGAAGAAAGAGCAAUCUAGGCAGAGGUAACAGGAGCCAGGAAGGUAUCCAGUACUGUUCAGACCUGAAAAUAAUCAGUGUAGCCAGAGCUCAGAGUGAGGAGCAAGGCCUAUGAAGAGGCCAGAGAAGUAAGCAGGGGCUGUAUCUGACAUGGUCUUGCAAGCUCAGUGUAGGCUUUAUUAAUAGAAAGAACAAUAGAAAAUCAUUAAAGGUUUGGAAGCAAAGGGGGUGACAUAAUCAGGUUUGCAUUUUAAGGAGGUCGCAUGGCUCUGUGAUGAAGAAUGGGUGGAGAGGGAGUGAAAAGAGGUGUUUGGGGAGAUGGUGUAUCAAGCUGUUGGAGGCCAGAAAUGUUGGUAGCGUGGACCAGAGUAGUGGUGGUAAAGGUGGAGGGGAGUGGAGAGAGUUCUCAAUAUUUAUGGUUAAUAGAUUUACCACUUACUUAUGAAGGAAAAGUAGACUAGACUUCGUGCUGCCUUGGCUAUGGCUGGAGGAGGAGCACCAUGGAAAACCUCCAGGGCUUUGGCUUCUUCAGGUGAAUGGGGAACGCUGGAGGGAGACCAGUUAGAGGUUAGGAGGAGGUCGUUUAGUUUGGGGAUAUUUUCAAUUGGAGGCCUUUUUAAGACAUCCAUAAGGAAACUCAGUGCCAUUUUGGUCCUGGAUUGGAGGUAUCUGGAGACAUAAAUUUGGAAGUCAGUGUUACAGGGCUGAAGGCACAAAGUUAUCCCUCUGAGAUUACAGAGUGAAGAUGGAGUGAGAGAGAGAAGAAAGCAUAGGUCUGAGCUAUGAGGAAUUCCAGCAUUUGAAACCUCAGUGGAGCAGAAGUUGACAAAGAGUGGAAAAUGUGACAGGGAAGAUGCAAGGGUAUCAUCUAAGAGAUCAGAGAAAGAGAAUCACUUAAGAUGCCCAUGAGGGGUAAAGUAAAAAAGGUCCUGUAAAUGUCCUUUGGGUUAGUAUGGAUUUCUUGAAGGGCUUGAAAGAGAGCCAAGAUGGUGUAGUGAUGGAGGCAGAGGCCAGAAUGAAGUAUCAUGAGGAGUGGCUGAGAAGUGAAGAAAGGGAGACAGUCAAGGGAAACAGAAGGCUAGAAUUUUACCUAUAAGAGAAAAUAGAAUUAAGGGAGAGGUUUCUAAAGAGGGGAAACCUGAACUCGUUUAAGGAAAGAGCAAUGGGGAGAAUAAGGGGAUAGCUUGAAGCUAGAGAGAGGAUGGGUGAUUAAUUGUGUAGGAUUCCCAAGAAGGUAGAAGUGGUGCGUUCAGAGAAGAGCUGGAGGAACUGGAGAGGAGGGGAGUUCCUGCCCUUCAGUGCUAGGAAGAAAGAAGAAGGAAUGCCUACAGAUGCCAAGGUGCGGUAGCCUCAAGUUAACAAAGUUUCUAUUUCAUGGUUUUCAUCUGCUUUGGAAAAUAGCCAAAUGGGAGGGAGAAAGGGAUGGCGUCCUGGCAAAGAAAGGAGGUCAUUUCAGAUUUUUUAGGAGGACAGAGAGGUGUGAAUAUGAAAGGGAGUAAAUUAUAAGACUCCAUUGGAUUGCUAGUCAUUACUGGAGGGCCCAGUUGAGGUUGAUGAUCACAAAUUCAUGUGAUCCACUGUUAAAAGGAUUAUAAAGUAUUUGGUCCUUUCUGGAGGUGUUCAGCUCUUUACUGAGCACAGAGAAAGUGGGGUCAUCUAGGCCUAUGAUUUUGUCAGAGAGAAAUAACAAAAAGACAGCAACAGCAAGGGAGCCAUUGAAAUGAUAAACCAGGAAUAUAAGCUGGUUAAGAAAAAAAAAAAAAGUUAAGAGAGGGAGAGAGUGGAGAUCUGUGUGAAGAGUGUAGUCAGAGUGGCUGAUUAAAUGUGAUGGAAGAAUAGAAGUCAGGGGUCAGAACAGGAUGCUGUACCCUGGAAAAAUGACUUGAAUCUCAAAGUGUGGGGCCCAUAGAUGAUUUAAGGCUCACUGGUGAUUCCAGUGUUUUUUUUAAAAAAGGAAUAUAACUAUGUAGUGGGGGAAAAAAACAGGAAUAUGUUGCAGUGAUUAUUACUAAAUUCAUGAUGAUGAAAGACACCAGCGGUGUGAAAUCAAGAUGAAGACAUAAUUAGAGAAAGCAGUCAAAAAAUUGUGCCUUUAAUAUAAAACAAAACAGGAGUGCCCAUUGUAAUUCAGCAGGUUAAGAACCCGACAUAGUGUCCAUGAGGAUUCGGGUUUGAUCCCUUGCCUUGCUCAGUGGGUUAAGGAUCUGGUAUUGCCACAAGCUGCAGCGAGGUCACCAAUGCACCUCAGGUCUGGUGUUGUAGCUGUGGUGUAGGCCAGCAGCUGCAGCUCCAAUUUGACCCCUAGCCCAGGAACUUCCAUAUGUCACAAGUGCAGCUGUAAAAAGAAAAAAAAAAAAUUAAAACCUCUGAAACCAUACCUUUCCUUCUUCACAAGUUGAAGUCUUGGCCUUGCCCUCUUGCUCAUUCUCUUUGAUAUUAGAUGUUCAUUGCAAAGAAGGAAAGAUUAUUAUAGGGAAUACAGUAUAAUUCAAGACAAAGUAUCAGAUGCUUUGGGAUUGGACUGAUGAAAACAGGAAGUAGAAACACGGUAACUGUUCACCUCAGUGUCUUUGGAGGGCCAGCACUUUGGCUCACUUGGCAUGCGAUGGUGUUAGUCUAGCUACGGAGGUCCGAGUGUGGGCUUGGAUUCCUAUAUUGGCCUGGAUGGCUAUAUCCUUAGACUUGGUGACUAUCGUGGGCCACUCAUUUUGGAGUGAUAUUGAAAUUUUAUUCAGUGAAAUCGCAUAUGAAGGUACAUUAAUGUUUUACCUGGAAUUCAAUAAUGAGGAUGAUCACUGACAUAUUUUUUUUUUCAGUUCAGACAACUCACUUCUGCUCUACCUGUUAAAUAGAAGGCUCUCACUGUACAGUUAACUUCUGGCUAAGUGGAGUGCUUAUGAAAUGCACAGGUCUCACAGGCAUAAUUGUUGCUAAAGAAAACCUAGCAAAUCUAACUAGAUACUCCUACCCCCAGCCCAUAGCCCUUAUCUGUUAUCCCAUAAAUUUCAUGUCAAGGGCAUUUUUAGAGAAGAUGAUCAUAAGAAGAUUCAGGCAGACAUGAAGCAGGUUGUGAAAACUCUGGCAUGUUUUAUCAGUGUAUUGAUCAGGGUUCUCCAGAGGAACAGAACCAAUAGGAUGUGCAAAUACAGAGAAAGAGAUAUAUGUUAAGGAAUUAACUCACACAAUUAUGGAAACUACUGAGUCCAAACUGUGUAGGGCAAGCUGAAGCCCCAGAACAGAGCUGACAUUGCACUUCAAACUUAAAGGUUGUCUGUUUGCAGAAUUCCCUCUUACUCUGGAAGCUCAGUCUUUUGUUUCAUUCAGGCCAUCACCUGGUUGGGUAGGUCCCUCCCCCAUUCUGGAAGGCAGUCUGCUUAAAGUCUACUGAUUUAAGUGUCAAUCUUAUUCAAAACACCCUCAGAAUAAUGCUUAACCACAUUAUCUGGGCAUUGUGGCCCAAUCAAGUGGACAUGAAAUUAACCCAAUGCCAAGGGAGGUUAUAGUGCUUUUUUGGAUUCAACAAUAUUGAAAAUACUCAAAAAAAUUGAACCAGUCACUUGUCCAGUGCUUUGUAAAUAUCAGGUGCUGUGUAAAAUAUACACAUUAUACUACAAGUUUGGUUUGGUCUUUGCUAGAAAUGGUGAGCAUUUUUUUCUGUAUAUGUUUUUUGGCACUUUGGUCUUACAACGCUUAGAAUAGUUCUAGGCACAUAGAAAGCACACAGACUACUCAGUGCCAGUGACAAGAGAGACUUUGUAAGAAUGUGUUUGAGGCCAAAGCUUUGUGAGGCAAAUUCCACAAGCAGCUAAUAGAUUUCUAUUUGACAGAAGCUCUAAACAUGAAUCAGAAGAUUCACUGUUGUGUUCAGCUCAUACACCUGCGUUGGGGCAGAAGCAUCAGCCAUAGAAGCUCUUAUUUGUCCUCCUUUAGCUCCAUCUCACCAAUGCCAAAUCAUCUUAAAUAAUUGUCCUUCUGACCUCUCACUUUUUCCAAAAUCAUUUUAUUAGCUUAAGGGUUGAUUUUCAAAUUCCUUAGCCUCUAUUAUUCGUAGCCCUGGGAUAUUACCCCCACCUCCUUCUCCAUCUGUGUUUUCUGCCAAGUUUCAAGCUGAACUACUCCUUUGCCCUCAAAAUAAUCUCACUUGUUUCUGCAUAACAACUCUUGGUCAUUUUCUCUCCCCAGUGACCUUCCUCUUUUCUUUCUGCAUCCUUUGAGGCUGAACUCAGAUGCCACAAUGUCCAAUUCUGCAGUGUCUGUUCUGAUCUUUCCUCUGCAUCUGUUGCUUGUCCAGCCACAAGCUCCUGUCUCCCUUCCCCUAGCACUCCAUUGACAUGUAUACUCAGACUGUCACACUUUGUGUCACCUGAGCUUCUCCUGGGCAUUGUCUUACUGCAACAGGUCUGCAUUCAGGACCAAAGUCUGUAGCAUCCCCAGCAGCCCCACUGCAGUGCCUUGCAGACAGUGAACACUCUGCUCUGUGAGUACUCAAGAAAAAUCAAAAUAAGGGACCUAAGGUGAAACCUCAUUCUGAUUUAUCAGUUUCGUCAAGGAAAGAAUUCUUCCUGAAUUUUUUUUGUACAUGCAUAUCCUUUACAGUACCUAGCAAUGUGCUGUGCCAUAGUUGGCAUUAAGUAAUUAGUAAUUGAUGGAUUCAUUAUGAAUUUUAUAAAGUUUUUUGGAUGCAUUCAGACCAAAGAAGAAAUGAUGACACAAGUUUCAAAAGGUACCAUUAUUGUUGAUGCACUUUCUGAGGGCACUAUGGCAUCUUUUAAAGUCAAGCAACUAGAAAAAUGAAUCAGUCAUGAGUCAGAAUCAUUGAUGGAUUUAUGCCACCAUCAAGCUUUAAAGUAUUGGUGCUGACGUCAAUAAAAUAUUCUCUGUCCUGAGAGCACCCAUAGCCAGCUUUCUGUACUGAACCAACAGUGUGUGUUAUGCUGCUGGUGAAAAAAACCUGGUGGUCUAGUAAUCCUAGUGGUUUUUAAAAUUCAUUUAUAAACUUGACAUGACUGUGAAUUUCUGUUUCCUCCAAAAUCUGGUAUCUGAAGAUAUUCUUAAUUUCUCCUGACUUAAAUCACAGCAAAAGAGAAUCAGGUAAAUAUCAAGAGAGAUUACCUAUGAUAUCUGAUUUGAUUACCUAUGAUAUCAGUUCAAUCAACAUUGACUUUUAUGUCACACAUUAUGUUGAAUAAGUAUUGAAUUAAGCCUACAGGUUAAGCUCAGUGUGCUUUAGAUAAGGGAGCACAUUUUUGUUAGUUUGUUUUCAUGUAUUUUAAGGUCCUUAUUGAGAUAUAAUUGACAAAUAACAUUGUGUAAGUCUAAGGUAUACAUUGCGAUGAUCUGAUACAUAUAUACACAUUGCAAAAUGAUUACCAUACAAAUGUUAGUUAACAGGUCCAUCUCCUCACAGAGUUCCUUUUCUUUAUGUGUGGUGAGAACAUUUAAGAUCUGUUCUUAGCAGUAGAAUACGGUUAACCAUAGUCACCAUGCUGUAUAUAGGUCUCUAGGACUUAUUCAUCUUAAUAAGAGAAAGUUUAUACCCUUUGAUAAAUAUAUCCCCAUUUCACCCAACUCCCAACCCUUGUUAGCCACAUUCUUUGUUUCUGUGAGUUCACCUUUUUCACUUUUGUAAGUGAGAUUUUCCAGUAUUUUUCAUUUACAAGAGAGACUCAUAACAGAGCAAUUGAAGCCAGAGCACUGAUAAGCAAAACAGCCACAAAUACCAACAAGCUCACCUUGGAUGGAAGCCAUAGUGGCCACAGGAGGCAGAACUGCCCAGGACACCACACCCACCUUUGUCAGCUUCACACACAGGUGGGGCAGCAGAAGUUAGUUGAACUCUGCAAAUCUGUGUUCCAUACUGAGCACCUGCAUGAGCCAGGCCCCAGGGAUGGGAUGAAGAGCAGAUAGGGGCUAUGGAGCACACUGCCAAGAGGCAUUUAAUUGCAUUCACCACUCACCCAGUGGGAGAGAUGGGGACAGCUGAGACUCACUAUCCUGGAAAGUCCCAGAAGGCUUCUCAGAAGAUAAGCCUUUUGAGCUGAUUCUUAAAAAGCCCACUGGGUAGAGAAAAAGGAAGGGGGCAUCUUAAAGGGACAGUUCAUACUCGUGGAACUAUUAAAAAAAAUAUGGUGUGUUAGGGAAAUGGUAAGUGGUCUAAGCUGACCAGCCCUGAGGAUAUUUGAGAGGAGGGGAAAGGGAAGGAGGCUGGAAAAGGCAGUCGGAUUCAUACACUGCGUCAGGGAUCUUCGACUUUUGGGAGGCCCAGUGGUAGUGCACCAGAGUUUCUUAUGUAGGUAAGUGACAAAAUCAGAUUUGUAAUUUUAGAAAUAAACCCAUGGGUAAUCUUUCAGAUCCAUUCCUCCUGCCUUCACUAAUCAGGGUUGUUUUAAAACUUGCCUAUUCUCCAAGCAGCACUUAGCCUCAGCAUUAAGUUGUUUGCCAGAGUUAAUUUCCAAGAGCCGGGAGUCAGCUGGGUCUAGUUUGAGCUGAGCUGGUUAAGACUGGAUGGGAAAACCGACCCUCCCGCUGGGCAUGCGCGAGUGUCCGCUCGGUGACCUUUUGCCAUUGGAGGGCCCCAAACUCCACCCGCAGAAGGGGCAGAGGCCUGUAGCUUAUUUACACCCAUCCAGAAGGGUGAUUCCCACACCUUUUUCCCAUCACUUUUCCCCACGUUCCUCACGCCUCUCACGCCGGCGUCUUUAUCCGUAUCCCAUAAAUACCCAAGCGCCUUGCCUGCUGGGGGUCAGAUUUGAGGUUUGUUCUCCCAUCUCCUUGCUUGGCUGCUUUGCUCGUCAACCCUUUGCAGCAAAUCUUAGUGUCUCAGUGUUUGGUUUGCUUUGCAUUGGGACAAGACAAACUUGGCUCACUACGAAGAAGAGAAAUGCUUGGAUUGCAUUGACAGGUCCUACAGGUAUGGAUCUCUGGCAGCUUCUGUUGACCUUGGCAGUGGCAGGCUCAAGUGAUGCUUUUUCUGGGAGUGAAGCCACACCAGCUGUCCUUGUCAGAGCAUCUCAGAGUCUGCAGAGAGUUCAUCCAGGCCUAGAGACAAAUUCUUCUGGAAAGCCUAAAUUCACCAAGUGCCGUUCACCUGAACUAGAGACUUUUUCAUGCCACUGGACAGAUGGGGUCCGUCACGGUUUACAGAGCCCUGGAUCCAUACAGCUGUUCUAUAUUAGAAGGAGCACUCAAGAGUGGACUCAAGAAUGGAAAGAGUGCCCUGAUUAUGUCUCUGCUGGAGAAAACAGCUGUUACUUUAAUUCAUCUUAUACCUCCAUUUGGAUACCCUACUGUAUCAAGCUGACUAGCAAUGGUGGGACUGUGGAUCAAAAGUGUUUCUCCGUUGAGGAAAUAGUGCAACCGGAUCCACCCAUUGGCCUCAACUGGACUCUACUGAAUAUCAGUUUAACAGGGAUUCAUGCAGAUAUCCAAGUGAGAUGGGAACCACCUCCCAAUGCAGAUGUUCAGAAGGGAUGGAUAGUCCUGGAGUAUGAACUGCAAUACAAAGAAGUAAAUGAGACCCAGUGGAAAAUGAUGGACCCUGUAUUGUCAACAUCAGUUCCGGUGUACUCCUUGAGACUGGAUAAAGAGUAUGAAGUGCGUGUGAGAUCCAGACAACGAAACUCUGAAAAAUAUGGAGAGUUCAGUGAAGUGCUGUAUGUAACACUUCCUCAGAUGAGCCCAUUUGCAUGUGAAGAAGAUUUCCGGUUUCCAUGGUUCUUAAUUAUCAUCUUUGGAAUAUUUGGGCUAACGGUGAUAUUAUUUUUACUCAUAUUUUCUAAACAGCAAAGGAUUAAGAUGCUGAUUCUACCCCCAGUUCCAGUUCCAAAGAUCAAGGGAAUUGAUCCAGAUCUCCUCAAGGAAGGAAAAUUAGAAGAGGUGAACACAAUCUUAGCCAUUCAUGACAACUAUAAACACGAAUUCUACAGUGAUGACUCUUGGGUUGAAUUUAUUGAGCUCGAUAUUGAUGACCCUGAUGAAAAGACUGAAGGCUCAGACACAGACAGACUUCUAAAUAAUGACCAUGAAAAAUCACUUACUAUCCUUGGGGCAAAGGAUGACGACUCCGGACGUACCAGCUGUUACGAACCUGACAUCCUGGAGACAGAUUUCAAUGCCAAUGACGUGUGUGAUGGUACCUCAGAGGUAGCUCAGCCACAAAGGUUAAAAGGGGAAGCAGAUCUCUUGUGCCUUGACCAGAAGAAUCAAAAUAACUCACCUUCUAAUGAUGCUGCCCCUGCUACCCAGCAGCCCAGUGUUAUCCUAGCAGAGGAAAACAAACCAAGACCACUUAUUAUCAGUGGAACUGACUCAACUCAUCAAACUGCCCAUACACAGCUCAGCAACCCAAGUUCACUGGCAAACAUCGACUUUUAUGCCCAGGUAAGCGACAUUACACCAGCAGGGAGUGUGGUCCUUUCCCCGGGCCAAAAGAAUAAGGCAGGGAUCUCCCAGUGUGACAUGCACCUAGAAGUGGUCUCACCCUGCCCAGCAAACUUCAUCAUGGACAACGCCUACUUCUGCGAGGCAGAUGCCAAAAAGUGCAUCGCUAUGGCCCCCCACGUCGAGGUUGAAUCACGUGUAGCGCCAAGCUUUAACCAGGAAGACAUUUACAUCACCACAGAAAGCCUUACCACUACUGCUGGCAGGUCUGGGACAGCAGAAUGUGCUCCAAGUUCUGAGAUGCCUGUCCCAGACUAUACCUCCAUUCAUAUAGUACAGUCUCCACAGGGCCUCGUACUCAAUGCCACAGCCCUGCCCUUGCCUGACAAAGAGUUUCUCUCAUCGUGUGGCUAUGUGAGCACAGACCAACUGAACAAAAUCAUGCCGUAGCUUUUCUUCAAUUUUCCAUGAGCUACCUGUUUAAUGGCAAAGGGUUGGCUGGGGCCUGAAUGCUUAAACCAAAACAAUGUUUAAACCUUUUGCGGGGGUGGGGGUGGGGGUUCAGGGUAAGGGAUAAAUGCCUUUUUCUGAAAUGUUAAAAUACGGUAUUAAAAAAAGAAGAAUCCUUAAUCAGAUAGAUAUUCCUAUUGUGAAUUGUAAAUAUUUUUAAGAAUUGUCUCAAAGACCGUGUAGUGGCAGUGAAUGUCUUGUUAUUGUGGGUGUUAAUUUUGUGCUACUAAGCAUUGAAUGGCUAUGUUUUUAAUGUAUAGUAAAUCAUGCUUUUUGAAAAAGCAAAAAAUCAGGUGGCUUUUGCAGUUCAGGAAGAUUGAAUGCACAUCAUAGCACAGGCUAAUUUUUUUAAUAAUUGGGAACUAAAAUCAUAGGUAAGAAAAUAGUUUGGAUAUGUAAAACAUUUAUUUUGACAUAAAAUGGAUAAAGAUAUUUUUAAUAACUUACACUUUAGGCAUGGCUAUUUUCUAUUACACUACACACUGUGUCCUGUAGUUAAUGCGGGCUCAUCUAAAGAAUGUAGAACUGCCAUCUAAAGCUGGUUUAAUGCUUUGGUCAAUGCACCUGAAGAAAAACAAGUUAGUUUUUUACAAGGCCCUUUUUAUACCUCCUAAAACUCUUUAAAUGAUUCUAAAAUGAUUGUAGUUACCUACAGUAUUGGAAUGUACUCAUCUGAAUUUUUAAACAAAUAUUUGUUAAUUCAGAAAACCUUAAAAUGUUUGCACAGGUCAACUUACCAUGACCCCAACUCUAAAAAAAAAAAAAAAAAAAAACCUUUUCUUAACCAACUUUGUUUUGUGUCAGAUCGCUACAUACUAAGUAGAACUCAUAGCUGGUUCAUAUUGACCAGGGUGCUUAAUCACUGCUGGUGGACAGGGAGUAAGUUUCUUAGUGCACACAUAUCACAAGCCUUAGAACCUCGGCCGCAGUGUCUCUUAUUUCAUAUUUACCUAAGAAAGGAAUAGGUAUAAGAAGCAUUUUGUAAGUUGAAGCAGGUUGAAAUGAAGUUAACCAGAUCAUGGGAUGAAACGUUUUGAGAAAAAAGGUUUUGUUUCAAAGCCUGUAGCCAGACACAUACUCAUUAUUAAUGGGAACGAGAAACAGAAGAAGCAAAAUCCCCAUAGGUAACUCAAAAGUUUACUUAAACCCAUACUAGAAACUUACUUACCGUUUUAUGGGAUUUAUUUAAAGUAGUGAAAGAGGUCUCAUUAUUUAUUUCCCCUCUGAGUGGACUGGCCUCAAAGCAGGUAUUUGAAAGAAAAAGAAGGGCCCAAGUAAUUUAUAAAUUUUUACCCAAUCCCUUAAUAACCUAAACAUCAUUUCUAGGAGCCUUGGAUUGCUCCCCAAAAGGUCUGUCAAAAGGAGAUGACUCAUUGUCACUGAAGAAUGCUCCUCACUUUAUUUUUUUAAAGGUUAAAGAAACUUUAAAGUUAACUUUAACUUAAAUAGUAUUUGCCAUUUAGCUCAGACCAUUUUAGGAAAUAAGCUUCAUGGCUGGUAAUUUUAAAUUCUGUCUUUCUUGCAGGAAGGAUGGUGAAAAGCUAGAAUUGGGUGUUUAAAGUUCAACAUGUUACUUUGUAAUAGAUGUUUAGUAGAUUUUCUGCUACCUUGCUGCUAUGGUUUUCUCUUAAGAGCUACAUAAUUUAGUUUCAUAGACAAUUUCAUCAGUGUAGAACCUAAUUCAACUUAAAACUGUGUGUUUGGGAAAACUCUCUUACUAUUUCACAAUAGGCUGACAACAUUUCUAUAGCCAAAAAUAGCUAAAUACCUCAAUCAGUCUCCGAAUGUCAUUUUGGUACUUUGCUGGCCACACAAGCCAUUAUUCACUAGUAUGACUAGUUGUGUCCUGCAGUUUAUAUUUAACUUUCUUUAUGUCUGUGGAUUUUUUUCCUUCAAAGUUUAAUAAAUUUAUUUUCUUGGA